AUGGAGCCCGUCCUCCCCGGUCACCCCUCCGGCCCCCUCGGUGUCUUUGCCGGUCAGUCUGUCCCCCCCAUGCUCUCUCAGUCUGUCCCCCGCCGUCGUCCCCCUCCAGGGUUGCCCAGAGAUACGGGGCAGCCCACCUCCCGGCCACAUGCCCCGUGGGUUUGGGGGGAGGAAUAUCAUGCGGGGCCCCCCGGGACAUGCGUGCAUGUGUGGGACCGCAGGGAGGGCCGUCAGGACAGAGGGGGGGCCCCAGCAGGCGGAGCGCCGGGCACCCCCUCUUCAACCCAGGGCCCUGGGGGGGGACACGUUGCAGGGGGUGAGGGAGCACAGGGUCCCCCCGCCUGGGGGAUGCCACAUGGCCCCCCACGAGUCGUGUCUGGAGGAUCCCAAAUGCCCACUCCUUCCUCCCCGGUCCCGGCUUCCCUUCCUCGCAGCUGCAUGCCUGCAGGGCCGGCUCUGCCUGCGGCUGCCGCCGGUGCCCCGCGUGCCCCCCGCACCCCCCACGCUGUAUCUCUGGCAAAUAAAGACCCCGCUGAGGACAAACUGAGACAGCACCAGCGCCGCCUGCCCUGUCUCUCUGUUGGGCCCAGGGUGCCAGCAUCCUGCCUCGCGCGCCGGCGUCUCACCCAGUGGUUUGACACAGCACCAAGCCGCACCUGCCCGCAGUGCAGAAUCCAGGUCGGCAAAAGACACAUCAUCAAUAAGUUGUUUUUUGAUGUUGCCUUGGAGGAGCAGACGGCACCAGAUGCAGAGACUUUGCAGAAUGAACUGGACAAGGUGAAGGCUCAGCUCUCCAUGAAAGAGAAAGAAAAGCGGGAAUGCCAGGCUGUUGUGGAUGGGCUGAGGGACACACUGGAUGUGCGCAAUGCCACAAUAGAAUCGCUCCAGAAGGUGCUGGGAGAGACAGAGAUGCUGUGCUCCUCUCUCAAGAAGCAGAUGAAAUUCCUGGAGCAGCAGCAGGAGGAUAACAGAAGUUCAAAGGAAGAGGCCCGCCGUCUGCGAAACAAGCUGAGAAGCAUGGAGCGGAUUGAGCUGUUGCUUCAGAGCCAGCGCCCCGAAGUGGAGGAGAUGAUCAGAGAGAUGGGAGUUGGGCAGGCAGCAGUGGAACAGCUUGCGAUCUACUGUGUCUCGCUGAAAAAGGAAUAUGAAAACUUGAAGGAGGCUCGGAAGAUCUCUAGUGAGAUGACAGAGAAGCUGAAGAAGGAGCUGUUUUCUGUCAAUAACAAGCUGCAGAAAACGGUUUCAGAGUUGGAGAAGACAAACGAGGAGUUAAAAAGCACCCAGAAGGAUCUGAAGAAUGCGGACAAGGAGAUAUUGAGUUUGAAGAAGAAGAUAGACAUCCUGCAGGAUACUCUGAAGGUCCCAUCUGUAACCAGAGAGACACUCAGUCGACUUGUCUUUGAAAGCCCCACUCCUGUGGAACUGCGGCACCCGAAGCUCCACUGCCCAGUCCACAGUGAUGAGAUCAAUCUGGAUGCCACUUUUGAUGUGGACACCCCUGAGCAUCAGCCCUGCAGAUCGCUCUUCAACCCUACAAAAAGGCAGAAGCUGGAUAAAAAGCCGCCUCCUGUGGUAAAUCUGGCAAAGAAAGUUUUGAAGGAAACAGUGGAGAACUGGGCAGAUGAUCUGGAGGCUGAUGCUCUUAAAGGACUCCUGCCAACAUACAUCAGGAACUCUGUUCUCGCCAAGAAGCCAUCUUCGGGUAGCUUGCUGGGUCCCCACAAGAACACGGGCACUGUGAGGAUGGGGUAUGAUGGCUUGGGCGGCAGAACAAAGUUCAUACAGCCUACAAACCUGUCAGAAAUCCGUCCGUUAGCAGUGAGGAGCAAGAAGAAGAAUGUCUCCAGGCCAGCGUCUGCAGCUCCCUCCGCAUCUUCCUCCAGCAGCAGCCAAGCCAGACUCGACAGUUUCCUGCAGUGACUGCCCCUGCCUUCCCGGGGAGCGGCCGUGCAGGGUGGCCGCAGGGCAGGGCAUGCUCGCCCGGGGCCCGGCACAGAGCAACACGCAACCACUGCUGUGCAGCGUGGGUGAGAUGAGCUGGCCUGGGGAGAAUCCUGGCCUUGCAGCAAGCUGACAGCAGACCAAGCCUCCGGCUAAUGCUUGGACUGGUUUACCCCCCUCAUUUUACCUAUUUUUGUGCAGAAUAAACAGGGUUUCCUUACCUUCCUGCUCAGAGCUCUGCUGUUGGGCGCUCUGACAUCAGGUAGAACUGCACUUCUUGGAUGCAGCUGCAAGCGAGAGGUGUGGAAACGGUACCUGGGAUGUCAGUCUGGAGCAAGAACCGGGAGAAGGGACCUGGACCAGCUCUGUGCCUGGUGUAAAUAGUUCCAAGAAAGUUUCCUGGAGGAAGAAGUGUGCACAGGGCAGAGCAGCCCUGGCCUGCGUGGCUGCAGGGUGGCUGUAUGUUCACCAUCACAUCGAUCACUUUCCCUUUGCUUCAGGCCUGCGUGGGUUGGGGAGACCCACAAGUCUGACCUGGGGGCGGUUCUGCCUUGCCCUGGUCUGGGCCAUGAAUUCCACUGUGGUUUUGCUGACCUGGGGAGGAGGGUGUCGGGGGUGACCCCCUGCCCUGCUUGGAAACGAAGGUCGAUGUGCUGAUGCAACCUCUGUUCUUGGCAUGUGUUGGUGUGAAACUUUGUUUGUAUGAAUUUCUAAUUUUUUAAAUUAGGUUGCAGGGUGCUUUGUUCUUUUGAAACUGGUUUGCUUAGUGAUUUGAGGGUUUGGAACGGCCUGAAGAAGUGCUGGAGAAGGGCUCCCUUCAGGGGUGGCAGGGAGACUGAACCUGUUUGGGGUUCCUCAGCCAAAGAUGUGGGGCAGGAGCUCACUGGUCUCCUCUUGCCCCACGGCUGAAGCAGAGCUGUUCAAGUUGCUCAGAGAAGACUUGGUGAGGUACCUCGCUACGGCACUCCACUGCACGAGUUUGUGAUGGUUCCCAUUUCUAGCCGCGUCAGGCUGAAAGCCUCAGUACCUGCGCUGGCUAAAAACAUGUCUUUAGGGAAUAAAAUACCCUGCCGUGUGCACUUGUUAACACAGUGUCGUUUCCUCCCUGUUGCAGCUCGGGCGCUGAGCACGGGGGUGAUGGGUGCGCCUCACCCUUUGGUGCCAGCUCCCAGGAGAUGGGUCUCUGCUGCAGGGAAGGGCUGUGGGGGGUGAAGCCGUGAUGAAAGUGGUGCCGAUCCCCAGGGCAGCGGGUGAGGCCAGUCGUAGAAUCAUAGACUGGGCUGGGUUGGAAGGGACCUCUGAAGGCCAUCUAGGCCAACCCCCCUGCAGUCAGCAGGGACAUCUUCAACUAGAUCAGGUUGCUCAGAGCCUCAUCAAGCCUGGCCUGGAAUGUCUCCAGGGAUGGGGCCUCCACCACCUCUCUGGGCAGCCUGUUCCACCGCCUCACCACCCUCGUUGUACAGAACUUGUUCCUAAUGUCUAAUCUAAACCCGCCCUGCACUAGUUUAAAACCAUUGCCCCCCGAUGCCUGCAGAAGAUGAGCCGUGUCUUGCCUGUAUCACUUGGGGCUGACUGCUGACCGGGGUGGAAUGGGGUGGAGAGUCCAAAGGAUCAUGAAAAGAGGGUUCAGAGGGAUGGAAAACAAUCUUGGGGGGAAGAGAGGGGGGGCUUGAUCAAGCAGAGUUAAUUUUGGAGCAGAGAAGCCUGGAGAGGCUCUACAGGGACCAUUUUCCUGACCCCUGGCAUGGUGUGCUCUUCAAGGUUAGGUACCUGCAUGUGUAAAAAAAGUGAUGAAUUUACUCUAGAUCUCUCUGGCCUGAAGCACAUUUGGGGAGACCCUUCUAAGAAGGUGGCAGGACACCUUUGGGGACGUGGCUGCGGAGGGACGUGGGCUUCUGCGUUGGGGUGCUGGAGAGAAGAGUCCAUCUCAGCCUGCGGUGGAGGGGUGGAGAAGGGCUUUUGGGGGUCUCCUGCUCUAGGCCUGCUUUGGGGACCUGUCAGAGACGAAGGGGGAGCUAUUUGUGCCUGCUCGAGCCCCCCCUGUCCUCUGCUCGAGCCACCUCAUCGCUUUAAUCUGAUCUCUAUUUGGAAAUAA